GUGAGAGGCCGUCCUAUUUCACCGGAGCUUCUCCAAGCCAUCAAAGAGUCAGAAAUCGCCGUCGUGGUUGUCUCCAAGACUUACUCAGCUUCCGAAUGGUGUCUUGAAGAGCUUGUGAAGAUCUUGAAACUCGAGAAGAAGGGUUUGAUCAAAGUGGUUCCUAUCUUCUACGAGGUUGAACCUUCUCACGUGAGGAGACAGAUAGAAGCGGUGGCGAAACAUUUCAAGAAACACGAGAAGAGACAAAGCAUAGAGAAGGUCAAAACGUGGAGGGAGGCGUUGACUUAUUUGGCUGAUCUCUCUGGUGAAUGUUCAAAGAACUGGGAAGAUGACUCGAAGCUGGUGGAUGAUAUCACGCAGAGAAUAUCAAAGAUGUUGUUCGCCGUUAGACCAAGAAAUGGUAAUGACUUAGUUGAUAUAGACAAACACAUGAACGAACUGUAUCCAAGGUUGGAUCUAACCUCAGAUGAAGAUGUUCGGGUCAUUGGGAUAUGGGGAAGAGGAAGCAUGGGAAGAUCAGCACUCGCAAGACAAGUUUACGAGAAAAUCUCACAUAACUUUGAAGCUCAUUGUUUCCUCGAAGACGUGAGAAAGAUCUCACAACAUCACCGCAAAUCUCAUCUCCAAGAAGAGCUUCUUUCCAAGAUGCAAGGAGAAGGGUUGAGCACAAAGAGCUCUCAGAGGUGUCUUAAGGCGAUUAAAGCAAGGCUAAGGAACAAGAAGGUUCUGCUUGUGGCUAACGAUGUGGACAAAAUCGAACAGUUAGGUGCGCUUGCUGAAGAGUUCAACUGGUUUGGUCCAGGGAGCAGAGUCGUUAUAACCACACAAGAUAGGCAACUGCUUUGUUCAUGGUGUGUGAAGAGUGUCUAUGAAGUUGAGCUCUUGAGAUGCUACGAUGUUCGUCAGCUCUUUAGGUCAGAAGCAUUCAAACAGAGAGAGGAUCCUGUUGGUUUGGAGCAGUCUACACAUCGACACUUGAACUUUCUUGGUAUUAUUAAUUUCUUUUUGAAAUGUUUGGUGGCUUUGUCAUGUGACAGAGGUCAGCUUAGGGAAAGACUGAAUGCAUUAAUAUAUAGUCGUCAGUUAUUAAAAAGAAAAAGAUAAAAGCCUUUGUAUAUACAAAGAGUAGAUUCAGG